AUGCAAAGCAACUCUACUUCCGAAGAGGAGGCGGAAGAGGGACGAACGAAAACUGCCAGUAAGACUCGCUCUCGUGUAGGUAGGAAAAGAAAGGCCACACUGAAUUCAUUUAGUGGGAGGCCCAAGCAGGCUAGGAACAGCCAAGCUGAAGACACACCGGCAGGUGAUAAUGUACUCUUAAGUUAGUUACAAAACGCAAAAUUUGACCGAACGACCUUCCAUACAUUGCCUCUUAGCUUUUGUAUUUACGCUCGUAAAAUUUAAGCGCAACAAUAAGAGACUAUUAUUGCCAUCACAUUUAAAAACUAUUUAGAGUUUUAGAGAAUUUUUCAGUCUAUCAAUAACAUUUCCAACUAAAGGUUUUCUAGACGGACCAUUGUAAAGGUUACUAUUAUUAAUCAUUUAAUCACAACUAGAACAAAAUUGUCAAAUCUGAUUGGCUAUCAACUGCCCUGAUUUCAGCCUUAAUUGUACCGUUUAAUAGGACAGUACGCGCCACCACGCGCGCGCUUAAAUGGUUUUUUUUUCACUGCUGGCAAAAAAAAUCGUAAAAUUUCUUGUGUUUUGAUUUCAAAGAGAGCCUACUAUAUCACAAAUUUUGUUAAAGUUAUGAUUAAUUGGUAAGAGAACUUCGUGUCGUUCAACUCGGUCUGUAAUCAUAUUCGUGAUUCAACAAGACCGAAUUGCACCCCACUCAUCCUGUUACCACUACUUAUCAUGGGGUUCUGUAUUACGACUUAUCUUGCAUGACCUUGUUAGCAUUACGUAUUGUGUUUUCUCGUGUUAGAUCAGUUGAUUUAUAGAGGUUUUAAGUCUCCCAAUAAGCUCUUCCAGCUAGAAUUCGUUUUGAGACCCUUAUAAAGAUUAUUAAUUAUUAUUUUCAUUAUUAAUUGGUAUGAUACAACUAUAGCUUUGAAUUUAAAGAUGACUUAACGGCAAAGGUGAUCAAAAUGUCAGUCACUUUCAACAAAAGUCCUAUUUUAACGACCACUCAGCCAAAAGAUUAUAAUACACUUUCUUAUGUAACUUAUUUACUUUUAGCAACAAAAUAAUACGAACUCUUUUGUAGUCAUAGCUAAUAAAGAUGGGCUCAGAGUUUCAGUUCAAAUGGGUUGAAUAUUGAACUUAUCUGUUUCUGAUUCAUGAUGGUCAGAGAGUAGCAAAGCAAUUAGAUCAGAUCUGCCAUUGAAGUUCAAGAAAACAAAUUGAGAGGAACUACCACAAAACCUAAAUCAGUUAAGAAAAUAAUGAGAAAUAUUGUACAUGUAUGUGUAUGUUCCUCACACAGGCAGUUCUACAGAAAACACACAAUCUACACCAACAGAUGACAUAUUUCACUUGGAGUCAUUAAAUAUAACUGGACUGAGGAAGGACGUCUUUCCAGACACUGAAAGUUGGAAAAGACUAAGUGAUUUCUUCACUAACCAUAAUCCAGUUGCCCAGCAGGUAGGAAAGAAUAAUUUGCUGUGCACUUUACUGUUACAUCGCGAAGGAACUUGGUUUUUGAUAGAAAAUUCCAAAAUGUACUAUAAAGUGCACACGAACACUUCAGAUAAAAUAUAGAGUCCCUAACAUGACAAUCAAUAAAUUAUUACCUACCCAGUAUAAUUAUUAAAAAAUGUUGCAUAUCCUUGGCAAACUUUGCCAAAAAACCUUUCACAAAUACUAUGACGAAAUACACAACUGCCUAUAGUUGAACUGGGCAUGUGUGACUAAUUCUAGCAACUCGUGACUGCAAAAAUAAGUACAUAAAUGACAUAUUAACUACAAUGAAUUCUUUUUCUUACAUUGGUAGCAAGUCCUUGCUGCUUUGACUGACACUUGCCCCAGUGUCUGGCCAGGUGAUCCAAAACAAGUGCAUGAUGCAACCAGUGCACAGCUGUCUCUGAUAAAAAAGACACAGGCGAGUCAAAUGAUGGCCACUCUUUUGGCAUCUGCAGUGAAAGCUGCAACUGUUCUGAGGAGACAUGCAGCCUCAAGGGAGCACAAUUUUUCCAGAUCACACAGAGAGAAGAGACCCCAUGUGCAGAAACUACCACUUGUUCUGUCUGUGAUGUAUUUUCAAGACACCUUGGGCUAUGUGCCCUAAUGGCCAGAGCACACAGUAGUAAAAAUGCACGCAUGACCCAGCUGUUGGCAAGCAGCACAGCAUUGCACCAAAUUUACACUCUUGCAGCGCCUUGUCAGUUGUCUCCAGCUGAGAGAGUACAAAGUAAGACCAAGGUGAAAGAUCUUCUGUGUAAAAUCUUUGACUGCAAGAGGAACAGAUUGCAGUGCCUGAAGCACAUCGGCCAGUUGNGCAGAAAAAAAGCUGUGCAGUGUAUAGUAGAAAAAAAUAAUUAUCUUACUCUCUGCCAUACGACCAGGUGAUGAAAGCAGAUCGAAGCAUAUUCACUGUCACCAAUCUUCCAGUCAGGCUACGAAACAAACUUUUCAUGUGUGCAGAGAACGCAGGUCCCGAGAAUCUGUGACCCUUCCUGUUCUGCAAGGUACAAGUUAAAAAAGACAUGGAUGAACACUGAACUAAAGUUGGAAAAACACUCGGAUCUUUCUAGUAAAAUUGACAAUAAUAUUGAACGUGUGAAAGAAACAGUGAUUCUUACAGGUCCAGCUUUUGCUUUCCUAGAACCAUGUGUUCCAGUACAAAGAAAUACAAAGAUAGCAUUGUAUUAACUGAAGGGUGAAUUGGGUCGAGAAAGCACCCUCGCUGAAUUUAAUGCUCGUCCUAAAAGAUGAUUUUCCAGAUAAAAUAACCCCAACUACUGAAAUGAAGAUAACCAAUUGAAAGGAUUCACCCUCACAAGGGUGCUUUUUUGUCCAUAUUUUUCACCCAAAUAAGAUCUCAAUAAGGUGAAAAUUUGGCGCGAUUCACCCUUGAAGGGUGAGAAAUGUCAAAGAAUCACCCUAAGGAGAAUUAAUUUCAAAUCCCAGGGACUUCUAUGAGAGUGGUUAGGGGAUUUAUAUAGGUGAAUCAAGAGACUGAGACAUUUUCAAAAGCUAAUUUAAGGUUAGGGUAAAACCUUACUGUGUCCAAUUUAGGGUGAUAAUUUAAAUCCACUCACCAGAAGCAAGUAGUCCCCACUGUCAUCCUUUGCAAGGAGUGGACGGAAAUCGUUGAUGUAAUUUACCAGAACUUUGUAUAGUUCAUGGUCACACUGAAAAGAAGGAGAAUCCUGUUUAAGUCCACUUUGCCUUUUAGAAACCAACAUGAAAAUUCUUUGCACUGUAUCUUCCCUUUGCUAAUGUAACAUUUGUGCAACAAGGGACACGAGUUUUGGGAAUUAUGAAAAACUGAGUAGUGAUCUCACCUGCAGAGUUAGCUCAUCCCUUCCAGAUGUCCCGGAUGUGAUAAUCGCAACGCCAUUCUACCUGUAGCCAAACCGUUUCUCCGGGAGUAAGAGGCAAUCUAAAAAUGUAAAAUGUAAAAUGUAAUACAUAACAAAACAAAAAUUCAUUAAAAUACAAGAAAAAAAGAGGCAAUCUAUCCAUAUUUAGGGCUACGCGCACAUUUAUUUUACCCAUACCAUACACAGAAACGCUCUAUCGUAAGGUGUGUAACAGUUGGGUUAGCAAUGAUGCGAUGAUUGAGGCAAAGUCCCGAACCAUAUGCUUUAAAGUUAUCCCCUUGUUCUGUCCGUGAUGUAUUUUCAAGACACCUUGGGCUAUGUGCCCUAAUGGCCAGAGCACACAGUAGUAAAAAUGCACGCAUGACCCAGCUGUUGGCAAGCAGCACAGCAUUGCACCAAAUUUACACUCUUGCAGUGCCUUGUCAGUUGUCUCCAGCUGAGAGAGUACAAAGGAAGACCAAGGUGAAAGAUCUUCUGUGUAAAAUCUUUGACUGCAAGAGGAACAGAUUGCAGUGCCUGAAGCACAUCGGCCAGUUGGCCCAGCUCUUGCCAAGACUUCUGUGUGUCCAGUUGGUCACAGGGCACUCUCUCUUCUGGGAUGACUUGAGGAAAGUGGCACGUGCAGUGAAUUCCCAGCCAAAUCAACAGUCAAAAUUAGCUGCAAUAGUUGCCAUUGGGAGAAAACUUCCUCCAGCGUCCCCUUGGAGAGCAUUCCUCACCUCAGAGAGGACCGCAGAUGAGGAGGCUAUUAUCCAAAGAUUUGGCUCCUAA